AUGGCUAGAAAAAAGAUAAGAACUAAUAAUAGUAAUAAUAACAAUGAUAUCAAAAUAAAAAAGUAUGAAAAUAAUAAUAGCAAUUAUACAAGUAUUAUAAAUAGCGAAGUGGUGAAAUCAAUCUUUGAUGAUGGAAAGAUCAAGUUUUUCGAUUACUUUAAAGAGUUUGGUCAAAAGAACUUUCAUACUCCUCAGUAUUUCAAUCAACAACUUUCUCAUCAAAAUUCAUUCGGUGUUUGUCAUCAAUCUAAAUGGAAUGAAUCGAAUUCAUCAUUGAAUUUAAAUUUUAAUAAUGAAUGUUUUGGUAACAUGUUUCCAAUCGUUGCGAAAUCCAUAUGGUUUAGAGAUUACAUCCGAACCGAUACUAUCAUCAACCAAGGAUUUAGAUUUAGUUAUUCUUUUGAUGUCUCUAAAUUUAAUUUGACUGGUAAUAACUCUCUAUCCUUUGUAAUGCAUAGUGUAAUGUCAGAUCUAACAAGCGAUGAUCAAUAUCAAUAUGGUUUUGCCAAUGUUGUUCACACUCUAGCUGUCGAACUAUCAAAGUCAUAUGAAGAUUAUAGACUAUUCAUCAGAGUGCAUAAUCUCAAAAGCAAAGAGAAUCUUUUCAAUACUGAACUUCCGAAAUCUCUAUUCGCACCCACUGGCCAGAAUAAUUCAUUCGUAAUAAUGUUCAAUCACGAGAGUUUGUCAAUCUCAGUGAACUUUAAUGGCAACUUGUUGACUCAUUUGCCUUUUAAUUUCAAAGAGAUAAACAACCAAGUAGACCAUCUAUUUAGUUAUUUCGGUAUUGUUGCAAGGAGCACUCAAGGUUCUAUCAUAUUGCUGGAUAAUAUUCAAUUGUCCUCAGAGUCGAGUGAACCUCAAACUCAAGUCUCAGAAGUAGCAGUUGAGCAGACAACCGAUGAACAAGAUCAAGAUCACAGUAAACCAUCAUCUAGAAACCAAUUGAUAAAGAAAUGUUUAGUAAGAAACAUCGUUCUGAGGAGAUACAUCAAGAGUUUUCUACCAUUGAUAUAUCUACACCCAAGUCAUAUGAUAGCACUUGGCAAUGCUCAAUGGUUGGCCGGCUCACUGAUGUUGACUGGUCCAUAUAGAAGCCAAGUUGGCGUAUGUUGGAGUAGAAACCGAUUGAACAUUGGUGCAGGUUUCUUUUGUAGAUUCAAAAUUAGAAUCGAUGGAGGUGGCGCCGAUGGUAUGGCGUUUGUUAUUCACAACGCUCCAGAGGGUGCCAAUCACAUCGAUAUGAAACAGGUCGGUGGAAACCUUGGAUAUUCCGGAAUUCCCAACUCUCUUGCCAUCGAAUUCGAUACCUAUUACAACGAAGAUUGUGAUGAAAACGAUAGUCAUGUAUCGAUUCAUUCAGAUGGAACUGAACCAAAUACCUCUCUAUUCGAAUCCUCAUUGAGCUAUGAAGAUAUUCGACCGAUGAACGAUGGUAGAUCUCUUGAUGUGGUCGUUAGAUACAGUGAAGCAGCUGGAGUACUUGAAGUAUUCAUAGAUAAUAAAUCGAUUGCAACAGAUGAAGAUUUCAAUCUAUCUGAAUUCAUAGGACUGGAAAAUAAUUUGGCCUAUGUUGGAUUCACCGCGUCAACAGGAGAUGCAUCUCAAUAUCAUUUUGUAGAACAAUUUGAAAUUUAUAGAUUAUAA